GAUCAGUAAUCAGAAGCUCAGGCUCCAUUUUGUCUCAGAAGAACAAGUGGAUUAAAACAAGUCUGUGUCAGAAUUAAAGGCUGACUGAAGUCUAGAAGAUGGAGGACAGAGCAGAACCUCCAGGAUCCAGCAGUCCGUCUAUGAGGAGUGACUGGUCCAAAGGAAGACCUCCAGUCUUCAGUGAAGAACCUGGACUCUCAGAAGGUCAGAACCACAGACAGAGAGCAGAACCUCCAGGACCCAGCUGUCUGUCUAUGAGGAGUGACUGGUCCAAAGGAAGACCUCCAGUCUUCAGUGAAGAACCUGGACCCUCAGACUCAGAACCAGGACCUGGACUGCUGGCAGCCAAUCAGAGCAGCUGUGCUCCAGGUGAGACUGAACAUCUCCAAUCAGAACUUCCUUCUAUCAUCUCUAGUCUGCAGGAGGUUCUAGAGGAACAUAAGAUCAGUCUGAGGAGGAGAUGUGAAUGUGUGACUGAAGGAAGUGAUGAACCAGGAAGUAGAACCCUCCUGAACAGGAUCUACACUGAUCUCUACAUCACAGAGGGACAGAGUGAAGAGGUUAAUAGCCAACAUGAGGUGAAGCAGCUGGAGAGAGCUUCCAGGAUCCAGAACCUUGAUGACUCUCCAAUCAGGUGCCACGACAUCUUUAAAGCCUCACCUGGCCAACAUGGAGUCAUCAGAGUGGUUCUGACCAACGGCGUCGCUGGUGUUGGAAAAACCUUCUCAGUGCAGAAGUUCACUCUGGACUGGGCCGAGGGCUUGGAGAACCAAGAUGUCCGUGUGGUGGUUCUGCUGUCGUUCAGGGAGCUGAACCUGAUCAGAGGUGAGCAGCACAGUCUUCUCACGCUGCUCCAUGUUUUCCAUCCAACCCUCCAGAAGCUCCCAGCAGAGCAGCUGGCUGCCCACAAACUUCUCUUCAUCUUUGACGGCCUGGAUGAAAGCAGACUUUCUCUGGACUUCAGCCACAGUCGGCUGGUUUCUGACGUCACACAGAAGUCAUCAGUCGACGUUCUGCUGACAAACCUCAUCAAGGGGAACCUGCUUCCCUCGGCACUGGUCUGGAUCACCUCCAGACCUGCAGCGGCCAAUCAGAUCCCUCCUGCAUGUGUUGCCAGGGUAACAGAGGUACGAGGCUUCAGCGACGCCCAGAAGGAGGAGUACUUCAGGAGGAGGUUCAGUGAUGAAGAGCUGUCCAGCAGAAUCAUCUCCCACAUCAAGACCUCCAGGAGCCUCCACAUCAUGUGUGGAAUCCCAGUCUUCUGCUGGAUCACUGCUACGGUUCUGGAGAACAUGUUGACCACAGAGCAGAGAGGAGAGCUGCCCAAGACCAUGACUGACAUGUACUCUCACUUCCUGCUGGUCCAGACCAGGAGGAAGAAGAACAAGUACCAUGGAGGACAUGGGAGGAGUCCACAGGAGCUGAUGGAGGCUGACAGGGAAGUUCUCCUGAAGCUGGGGAGGCUGGCGUUAGAACAUCUAGAGAAAGGAAACAUCAUGUUCUACCAAGAAGACCUGGAGCAGUGUGGUCUGGAUGUCACAGAGGCCUCGGUGUACUCAGGAGUUUGUACAGAGAUCUUCAAGAGAGAGAGCGUGAUCUUCCAAGAAGCAGUCUACUGCUUUGUUCAUCUGAGCAUUCAGGAGUUUCUGGCUGCAGUCUACAUGUUCCACUGCUUCACCAGCAGGAACACACAGGUGGUGGAGAACUUCCUGGGACAAAAAUACAGUAAAACAUCUCUGGAUGACUUCCUGAAGAGAAUCAUGGAGAAAUCCCUCAAAAGUAAAAAUGGCCACCUGGACCUGUUUGCUCGCUUCCUUCAUGGCCUCUCUGUGGAGUCCAACCAGAGACUCUUAGGAGCCCUGCUGGGUCAGACAGAGAACAGUCCAGGAACCAUCCAGAGAGUCAUCGACAACCUGAAGGAGAUGAACACUGUUGAUGAAAUCUCUCCUGACAGAAGCAUCAACAUCUUCCACUGUCUGAUGGAGAUGAAGGACCUCUCAGUUUAUCAGGAGAUCCAGCAGUUCCUGAAAUCAGAGAACAGAUCAGAGAAGCUCUCUUUGUUCCAGUGCUCAGCUCUGGCCUACAUGCUGCAGAUGUCAGAGGAGGUUCUGGAUGAGUUGGACCUGGAGAAGUACAACACAUCAGAAGCAGGACGACGGAGACUGGUUCCAGCUGUGAGGAACUGCAGAAAGGCUCGACUAGUGGGCUGUUACCUCUCACGGACUGAAUGUGAAGUUGUGACCUCAGCACUGAAGUCCAACCCCUCCCUGACUGACCUGGAAAUAGAUCAGAUCUAUGAUGGAGGGAGAACCAUUGGAGACUCUGAGAUGAAGCGUCUCUGUGAGAUCCUGGAGACUCCAUUCUGUAAAGUAAAGAAGCUGAGAUUGAUACGCUGCAGUUUGUCAGAGAUCAGCUGUGAACAUCUGUUCUCUGCCCUGAAGUCCAACCCGUCCCAUCUGACAGACCUGGACCUGAGCGUCAACGACCUGAAAGAUGGUGGAGUGAAGGAGCUCUGCGGUUUCCUCCAGACUCCCCUCUGCAAACUACAGGCACUGAGUUUGUGGGAAUGCAGGUUGUCAAAGAUCAGCUGUGAUCAUCUGGUAAUGGCGCUGAAGUCCAACCCGUCCCAUCUGACAGAACUGGACCUGAGAUACAACAACCUGGAGGAUUCAGAUGUUCAGCAGCUGCAGGAUCUUGUAAAGAGUCCAAACUACAAACUGAAAUCUGUGGAGUGGUGGCCCUGAUGAUCUUAGUAGAGGAGAGAAGCCGAGCUGUCCUGAUGAUCCAGAGGUUGAAGCUGCAGCAGUUUGAGUUUAAAGAGACUCUGACUGGAUCCUGAUGAUGAACUCUGAGUUUAGAGAUUUUGAUCCUGUUCAUCUGAUCAUGUCUGUCAUUUAGUGUCUGAUAUUGUUUGUAGUAGUUUAGUUUAAUCGAUCUUCAACACAAAAUGUUAUAGUCAACCACCGGUCAACAGUCAGAGUUCAAUUGCCUCAAUUUAAUUUGAAUUCAAAUCAAAAGUUUUAUAAAGAUCAUAAAGAUGUGGAGUGAAGCCAUUCAGGUUAUGAGUGCCAACACUUUAAUCCUUAAUUUUUGGUAACAAUUAAAGCUCUUUAAAAUUUCAAUGUAACAGAUACUUACAGAUACCACUUUCUAUUAAUGUAUACAUGAAAUGGAUACAUACACACUUUUCAUUCACUCUUUUUCUUUUUUCUCCUUCCCGCUAAUUUUACCUUGUUUUCUGAGGACCAAUAAUCAAGUUUUCUGUAAUUCUCUAUAAAGUUAAAUUAGCACAUUUAAAAAAUAUAUAUAAUUAUUUUAUAACACUUAAGUUGAUCAUCAAGGGAAUUCGUCUGCUGGAUUUACAUCUUUUUAAACUUGUCCCCAGCUUUGUGUCAAAUACGAGUACGUCUGAGACUGGAACUGGAUUUUUUAGUCUGAACAACUGUUUGAUACAGCAGGGAAAGGUGGCCCUGUCUAUAUCAACGACAUUAUUGAUUGGUUGUUCUGAUAAUUACUACAAUUACAAUAAUUUCCUUUCUUAAACAAUAUUUAUGAAAAAGAGCUGUUAUUUUUGAGCAGUCUAUUAUCCAAUACAUUUUUAUUACUUGGUUGUGCAGUUUAAAUUUUAAAUUUCAUUUAUUUUGAAAUAAAUCAUUUUUUUAAAAUUUUGUGACAAAGUAGGCCAAGCACUGACAAGGAAGGUGUUUAAUGUAUCAUUUAUUGCCUCAGUUUCAGCAAUAAUGUGGUUAUCAGUAAAUUCAUUUGGACAUUCAUUCUUUUUUGUCCCAUUUCUAAUGAAACCAUUUAAUACUUUCAAGGCACCUUUGAUGUUGCGCUUGUUCUGCUUCAGCAUUUUAUGGUAAUAGGAGCAUUUAUUAAAUCUUAUUAUUUGAGUUAAGUUUUUAUAAAUAUUGUACCUUGUUGUUUGUUCUUCUUUUUAAAAUAUAAUCUGUAUAGAUAUUUCUUUCUGCAGGCCUUACCUCUACUCUUAGAAAUCCAUGGUUUGCUGGUCUAGUUGCAUCUUUGAUUUAUUUUGCAUAUGUUAUAUAUUUUUAUGCUUCUCAUAUAGUACAAUAAAGAGUUACACCCCCCCACGUUUGGGCAUCCAUGUCAGCCUUAAGCAAAGCAAUAGCUUAUCAGAGUAUCCUGUGCUAAUUCCCUAAUUGAUUUGUGAAUAUAUCUAUUAAGGUAGAUGGGUUGGCUGUAAAUUAAGUAGAUUUAACAAUAAGUUUGUCUCUUUGGACCAAUGAAGAUGAAAACUAAAACUAAGCUGCAUUUAGUGGCUACGUGUAGAUUUGACCUAAAAUUGAUGAAAAUGUAAAGUUCAUCUAUCUCUGUGAUUCAUUUUCAGCCUGUAACAAAAAAAAACAGAAAUAAAGCUCUUAUUCA